CGUCGAUCGGCAUUGCGGAGGCCGCCAUGGACAGCAAGAAGAUCGAGAAAGCUGUGCAGUCUCACUUGGAGAAGCUGCAGGAACGCAUGCCUCCGAUCUCGACAAUCCCGCAAAUGCCCACAAUGCUUCGGGACUACGCAAAGCUGCUCAACAAAACAGCGUCGGAAGCAACGGCCAAGGCAUUGAAGUCAGCCAACAUACCCGCGCUGUCCAGAAGCCAAAUGCCCGAUGAGCCGCUAAAGAUCGAGCAACAUUUAGCUGCACUCCAUGCUGCCAACUUGCGAGCACAAGCUGCGUCGUGGACAAUGUGCCAGCACGCGUUUGAGGCACCUCAUCUUCGCAUGGACUCUGUGAACGAGUCGUUGACGUUCUCGAUUGAAAAUAUUCAGGAAGCUAUCCACGUGACGAAGAAUGUCCAUCGGCACUUUCGCGACCUCGGCAAUACCUUGACCGACGACACGUGCUUCUACCGCGUGGUCGAAAGCAAGGACGUCGACGGCGCCUCAUAAACGUUGUGAAUCAUCAAAUCGAUUUGGCAACACAACGAUCUGCCCGUAGGUGAACAGGGACCACAAAACGAUCGUUGGCUACAAUGCAGUGCGAACCGAAUGGG